ACACCAACGUCAGUCGGUAAGCAGAGACCGUCUCGACCAUACGACUAUGGCCUCACGGAGCCGAUGUCGUCUUAUUCGCGUUGUCCUUUGUAGUGAUCGCAGCGUUAAGCCCGUUUAAGUGGCCCGCGGACGUAUGUGAUUAAUGUUACAGACCCGCACGUAAAAACAAAUAUUAUUAGAUAUACGUUACUGGACUUUUGAACAAAGUUUCCAAUUUCCGGCACCGAAACACUCGUUAAGUGUGCAAAUAAAAUGAAUUAACAAAUGAAGUGAACAAAGGAGGGAUUGUAGAGCUGGAAGGGAGCCGUUGAAUCACCGAUGUAGCCGACGUCGUCGCAAUGGAUCACUGGGUGACGGCGGCCAGCUCUCUGCUGGCUGCUUUGCUGUACUACAACACACUGGAUGCGGGCUUUGUUUAUGAUGACAGGCGGGCGAUCCUCACAAACCCAGAUGUCAUCGGGCACACACCAAUAAAAUCUUUAUUUGAGAAUGAUUUUUGGGGGACGCCGCUCACUGAUGCUGGAUCGCACGGCUCAUACCGACCGCUGUGCGUGGCGACAUACCGCCUGAACUACGCCUUCAGUGGAUUCAAGCCGUGGAGUUAUCAUUUCCUCAACAUCCUGUUCCACUCAAUAGCGACAGCGCUCGUAGUCACCACCGCACGCCGGCUACUGCCUCCACAUUGCAUAAAAGUCGGGACUGCGGUCGCUGGCCUGAGUUUCGCAGCUCAUCCCAUACACACAGAAGCCGUGGCCGGCGUGGUCGGUAGAGCCGAUCUAGCCGCUUGCAACUUCUUCCUUCUCGGCUUCUUGCUCUACAGCGAACACGUGCGGCUUCGAAUCAAAAGUCAAAGAAGACAAUGCCGGCGUCAAAUUAAGAACACAAUCCGCCACCAGUCAACAGCCAGCGACCAAAACUUCAGGCUGAGCUGUCACGGUCUAGUGCAACAAAUACUGAUGAACGUACGGAGACUCCUGAAAGCGAGCGAAGCGGGACCUUUGAAAAUGUUGAACGCAUGUGAAGUGGGGACUGGGGAAGUGAAACUUAACAAGUGUCAGUGCAGCGGUAGUGUUAGUGAAGAGUCAGGUGAACUUUUACAAUGGUGUACAUUAGCGGGGACACUUUUGUGUGCUAUCGCGGCCACUCUUUGCAAAGAGCCGGCCAUAAUGGUAGUGCCACUCUGCAUAUUUUACGAUCUCCUAAAAGACACUCGAGAAGAGGAAUCCUAUUCAAAGUAUCGAUGGCGAAGCAUUUGUGCGCUAAGUUCAGGGGGCUUCGUACUUCUAUACUGGAGGCUGAGGCUAGCGGGCGCCCCGGCUUCGUUCGCCUCAGCGGACAAUCCUACUGCCAAGGACCCUUCUAUACUUACGAGAUUUUAUACCUUUACCUACCUCCCAGUUUUUAAUUUUUUUCUCCUAGUAUACCCAUUUCAAUUAAGCUUCGACUGGUCUAUGGACUCUAUACCGAGAAUAACAACGUUAUUCGACAUCAGAAAUGUCUACUCACUAGUUUUCUACGCCGUUAUAUCUAAAGUAACGUGGAGAUUGUUAUCACACGAGCUAAGAAUGCAGCAAGAGAGGAAAGAAAAAUUUUACAAGAAACAAAACAAUAAGAUAAAACAGAAAUGGAACUAUAAUUGUAAACACUACAACAGAAGACACGGUUGCAGCGAGAGGAAAAGCAUUAUACCGCAUAAAGAAAACGCCUCGUCCAAGAGAAGUAUGUGUCCAUGCAACGUGUGUAAACACACACUCACAGAGGAGCACACAACCUUGUGCCGAGCUAUUAACAAUAACAACACAAUGAUGAAUGCCACCGCCUGCGUGUGUGUUGUAGCGCACAAGAAAUUUAAGACACAAAAUACGCCAAAUUACGUGAACCGCAGUCCUCGAGUUGCGAUGUUAUUAUUCACGGCGUUUAUGGUGUUGCCGUUCGUGCCAGCUAGUAAUAUCCUCUUUUACGUGGGCUUCGUCGUGGCAGAGCGCGUGUUGUAUAUACCUAGUGUUGGAUUUUGCUUGUUACUCGGCUUGGGCGCGGGUACUGUUACGAGAAAUUGGAGGCGAUGUGAAACGCGUAGCCGUAUAUUUAUGCUGGCUCUGUUGACGACGCUACUCGCUAUGAGUUGUGCGACUUUACGACGGAAUCUAGAUUGGUACGACGAAGAAAGUCUCUUCAGGAGCGCUCUGCACAUCAAUCCACCUAAAGCGUACGGGAAUCUCGGUAGUGUGCUGUCUACACAAGGAAGAAAACCGGAAGCGGAAAUAGCAUUCAAGCGCGCGCUCAAAUAUCGACCAAACAUGGCCGACGUUCAUUACAAUCUAGGAAUACUACAUCAAAAUCAAGAGCGAUAUGGAGAAGCAAUCGAGAGUUUCGAGAGGGCAAUCUACUUUCGACCUUCUUUGGCUUUGGCAUACGUAAAUCUGGGAAUUUCGCUGAUGAAGGACGGUCGAUUGGCUGAAGCUGCAAGCGCGCUGCGUGCUGGCGCUCGCGCUGACGGCGUCUUCGUCAGGGACCGACGCGAGCACGACUCCGCCCGAGUGUCGGCGCUAGUGCAGCUAGCGUCCCUACAUUCGAAGAAGGGCCAUUGGCACAAAGCUCUCUCAGCCUACAAGGACGCAUUGCAAAUAUUACCCGACACGAAUGCGCCAAUCGUUGGCUGGACACGACACAACGUGUUGUCAAUGGCGAGUGAAAUACACAUGCAGCUGCAGCAGUGGCCUCAGGCGGAACACCACAUCCAGUCCGCGUUGGCGCUCGACCCGGAACACGCCAAAACACACCUGUCACUCGCAAAAAUACUAGCUAGAAAUGCAAGCCGAAGCAUGGAGGCGGAGCUAUGGUUUAAAAAAGCAAUAACUCUGACGCCCAAUGACCCAUCAAUUCGAGACCAGUUUGGUGAGUUCUUGAAGUCACAGCGGAGGUUACGAGAAUUCGCUGAGCAACUAGUGCAAGCCGCGCGUCUAUCACCUACUGACAGCGUCCGCGCUGCGUCCGCCGCACUGGCGCUUAGAGAAGCCGGACGCUGUCGAGCCGCCGAGCGAUGGUACGCCAGAGCGGUGGAGUUAGAUCCUAAUAAUGCUGAGUAUCACACAAAUCUUGGUGCAAUUUUGCAUCUAAACGAAAAGUUCACUGAGGCUUACACGUCGUACCGUCGAGCCUUGCAGCUGAAACCCAACGAUAAGACCAUCAUUACAAACCUCAAGAGAGUGAGAGCAGCUAUGAGCAAAGCCAACGUACAAAGUAAUAUUUUGUGAGGAUGUCAAUUGCCAAAGUGUAGGAUUAAAGGUGAUUAUGAAGUGCAUUCUUUAUAAAACCUGAGACCAAUUAUUGUAUAGGACCUGCCUCGUUAGACGUUACUUUUCUGUCAAAGUAUAUGAUCAACGAUCUAAUGAGAUUAUAAAAACUGUAUCUAUAUAAUCGAUGUUUCAUAGUUGCAAUCAUGUUCGUCGGUUAAAGAGCUCCGUAAAAGUACCUUUUUGUGUAAUUGAAUGGUGUAAAAAACGGGCAUAAACUUCUAAUUUAGUAUAAGAUACAUAUAUACCAAAUCUAAGCUCGUUUUCCUUAGAAAAUGACAGACAAUUUUGUUCGUGACUAUGUGUGCGAUACAGGUCCUUCUAUAAUUGGUCUGAGUAUAAAACUGAUUGUUUGUAUUAUGUAGGUACCCACUGACCAUGUCUGAUUUUAUCUGCGGUAUUGAUGUUGAUUUAAGGCGAACGCUAACUUGCAAAACUAGUUUAUGAAAUAAAAAAAAAUAUUUUCUUUUUAUCCUAAAUAUUUAUUAGGUGACAGUUCAGCUCAUUAUUUCAUCAUGUGAGAGAAAUAUCAGGAUUCACUGCCAAGCUACAGUCAUUCAGUCCAAAAGAUGGAGGUUACCUUGAUAGUUUUCCGAAGGUAUGCUGAAUAAUAAAACAGUUUAACGAAAUAUCUUCUUUCGUAGCUCUUUAUGGAUAUUGGUUAGUCUCCUAUACCACCCAGGAGCUUUUACUACGUAUCUCACGCGGUCCAUAUACCUCUAAUACUAUAGUCUGGCAAGUUUGUUAAUGACACUCCCACGAUAUGCCGGCGACGAGGGGAAAGACUGCGCGGGUAUGAAAUCGUGCGUGAGGGGAAGUGAGUUGCAUCAGUCGUGGAGCUUAAAAAAGCUAAGUAAAGCUUGAGUAUUUCAGAAACUAAAAAAAACUUUUACACGUUUGUAAUUAGGGUGAGUGUGUACCUUAACUAAAGUAAAUUACUCACACUUUAAGACGUUUGAUUCAGUCAAAGAAAAUAUUAUAAAAUUACUUUAAAAAUUAGUUGUUCGUAUGAAUCAAAAUCUUGAAAAUCAGUCGAAAACACAAAUGCGUUUUCGAGUACGUUUCGUAGAUAGUGUAUUUAUUUUAACGAUGAAAACUUUAUAAAUAACUCCUAAAAAGACAAAAAGCUUUAUAAACAUUAUAACGUUGUGGAUUAUUAGUUUCAAUUUAUCAUUUACCGCAGGCACUUUUUAAUAAAGAACCAAAUGGCCAAAUAAAAGGUACCUUUCAUUAUAUUCACCGUACAAGCUUUUGUAAGAUAUUAUAUCUCGGGUCCCUAAGUAAAAAAAAAUAUUUAUUACUAAGAACCUAUACAUAUAGCAAGUAAGUGUUAAGAAAUUGUAUAUCAAAGAAUGGAUAAGGUAAGAUACAUUGAAAUAUUCAACAAUCUCCGUAACUAAGUUAUUAAUGCACAACGGGACAUAUAUUUUAUUCGUAAGCAUACUUUUAUCUUAUAUUUCUUGUGGUACUAAUUCAUAUUGCCAUCGAAGGUCUUUGAACAACGCUAUAGAUAGUAUAUAUAUUUGUAAAUAUAUAAUAAUUGACAUUUUAUACGUGUGCAGAUAAAUAAUAUAUUUUGAAGAAUUAGUUAGAUUCCGUUCGUUUCAAAAACAGCGGGUUACUCUUUCACUUGUUAUUCAUUUGUUCUGUCUUCCAAUAUUUAUUCAAAGGUUUGAAAAUAUAUAAAAAAAUAUAAAAGACUAAUGUAUAUUAUUAUUUAUUAAUGUAAUUAUGAGGUUUUAUUGUAACAUUUAUUUUGCUGAUUGCGACUUGAACAAUUUUAAUAUGUUUUUUUGGACUCGUAUACUAUAUCACAUACUACACAAUGUCACAGUGUAUCCGAUUACCAAUAUUAUAAUAGUGAUUAGUUAAACCAACGUUGAAAUUCGGAUACGGUGUGAAUCUUAUUCGAGUUUAUAUUUAAGUGCUAGUUGAAAUACUCCAAUGUACUUAUAUUUUCUGCUAUCAUUAAACUGCUAUAAAUCAUAAUAUUUUAUUAAAACGAUAAACAUUAGAAUAUCAAUAUUUUACAUUAUAUAUCUAAGCCGACAAUAGUACGUAUUAAACUGUAGCUCGUAACUUUAUUUCAUUCUACUCCGUUUUCUUAUUUAUAUAAAGUCUGAAACAUAUCUAUUUCAAGUAUUAACACAAUGAUUGUUAAUUCGUGUUAAAAAUUGUAAUAUAAAAUUGUUGUAAAUAAAAUGUGACAUGAAAUGAUUGUCAUACAUAGCUGGUAACUUAAAAUUACUGAGUCUUUGAAAUUUUCUAUUUUUGUCUUUUUCUUCUCACACCUGUGACAAUAAAUAUAAAUUACGCUUUUAGUAAUAAAUGAAUGCCAAAUAAAUUCAUUUUCCGUAGUCAAUUCGCUACUUAAUUUUAGUUGUGUUCUAUUAAUUUUAACAGCGUGCUGAAUCGAUUGUUUAACUUAUCAAGGUAAUUGCAUGGAAGAAAUAACAACUUUCCUUUAUAUAACAAAAUCCAUGAUCACGGUUGUCCACAAUAUGAUUUAAUUUUAUACCAAACUUAUAUAUUUGUAAUGUUUUAGUUUUAAAUUAAAGACAAACAACAUAAUUUAAGCAUAGAAUUCUUCAAAACAAUGAAAUAGGUAUGUCUGAAAUAGCGGUAAUGCAGAAUUAGUUAAGGUAUUGUAAUUAAUUUAUGUCUAAACAGAAAAAGAUUUAUUUGUUAUUAGAAAUAUUUGACAAUGCAAUUAAAUAAUACAUUAAUCAAUUAUUAUAAUUAACGAAAAAUAAAUCAAUAUAUUAUAUUGUACACAGUGAAAAUUGUCUGAUUAUUUCUUAAUUUUCUGACUGAGCUUGAGGAAUUUAUAUUAAAUUUGUCAUUAUCUCAUUACUAUUCAUCACCAACCAUUAUUUUUUAUGAGUAUACUAGCCACGUCUUUUCCAACUUGAGUCACUUUACCGUAAAGGUAUUGAUAUAUUUAUUUAUUUAUUUUAUGGUUAAGGUAUGUUAUUUGAAAAAAAUAAUAAUAAUAAAUUGAAUUAAUUUAAUAAAAAAAUGUCCUAAUUAAAAUAAACAGGUUACUCUUAACCAAUUUGAUAUUAUGGUUUUAUGUACAAUUUGAUGAAUUUAAACCGCUGAUACAUUGUUUUAUGUACAAACUUUCUGCUUCUAAAGUUUAUCGAUUGUUUACGAGUUUUUGGACUUAAAUAUGGUUGUUAUUUUAGGUUCUGAGAAAUAGUCGACUCUAAAUCUACUCCUGAACUUAAGAUAAGUAUUAAUUUAUAAAACAUUACUUUAUAAAUAUUAUUUUUAAAUAACAUUUUAUAAUAACUAUUUGUACUAUUUUAAACUAUCAUGUGUAAUUAAUUUUAUGAAAACACUUUGAAUUAACAAUUUAUACACGACAAAUGUAAAAUAUAUUAAUUAACGUUUGUGGUGUAUAAACACAAACUAUAGAAAAGAAACCUGCGAUAGCCAGAUGUACCUUAUUGUGUAACGGGUGAAAGUUUAUGUAUCGAGCAUGAGCUGACAAACUUUAUGUAUCAAGCAUGGGCUGACAUAUUUUAUGUACGAGCAUGGGCUGACGAACUUUAUGUAUCAAGCAUGGGCUGACAAACUUUAUGUAUCGAGCAUAGGCUGACUUUCAGCCUAUUUACCUAAUGUAAGAAUAAAAACUGAAAAAAAAAACAUCAGCUUUUAUAAAAUGAGGUAGGUACAGCUAUCGCAAGUUUUUUAUUCACUAGGAUUAUUUAUUGAUACUACGAUACUAAACUUCCAUGAAUUGAUUAAUUUAUUCUGCAAUGAUCUCUAUCAUUUAAGGUAGGUAUACAUCCAAUAUAGAUAAUUUAUCGAGGAAUUGUAACCAUUAUUAUUGUUUUUAUACUAGUUACGUACGAAUAUGUACUCGUAUGUUCAUGGUGUUAUGCAAGUAAAACUGCGAAUUCCCAAAGUGAUAUUAUAUGUUGGUAAUUUUGUAAAUAAAAGCUUCAAUAUUUUA